GAAGGCGGCGCAAGGCUCUGCUUUUCACGUUGUUGAUGUUUUCUGGCCUGAGAAGUGUGGGAUUAAGACUCUUUUCCAUGGAAGCGGCUUCCUACGUACCCGGCACACACUCUGCUGCCUUCGUAACCUGCCCCAGUUUGGAGGUGGCCAAAACCAUCGCCAGAGGUGCUGUUGAGAAGAAGCUGGCUGCCUGUGUGAACAUUGUGCCACAGAUAACAUCCGUAUAUGAAUGGAAAGGAAACAUUGAAGAGGACAGUGAAGUUUUACUUAUGAUUAAGACACGAACUGCUAAAGUCAAUGAUUUGGCAGCAUAUGUACGGUCAGUUCAUCCGUAUGACAUGGCAGAGGUUAUCAGCUUGCCAAUCGACCAGGGAAACCCACCUUAUAUGAAGUGGCUUGGCGAGGUGGUCCCGGAAUAGGUUCCCCAAUGGGUGAAGAUUGUCGGCCAAGCAAAGCAUCAUUGCUAAUGCCUAUGCUGUGUAGGGGACAGUCUCUUCCUCACUUUCCCCCAAAGGCUGCCUUACAUUUCUUCCUGUUUCAGAAAGAUUCAUGCUUCAAGUGUUUUUUCAGCAUGCAAAGCCGCAGAUAUGUCCUUGGCCAUGAAGGAA